AUGGGAAUUCUCCCCUUCGCUCAUCUUCUCCUUAUCUUGAGCUUCUUCUUCUUCCUCCUACUAUUGCUUUUGCCUCAGAUCCAAGCAGCUCAAGAAAGCCAUAUUUGCCAACAUGAACAGAAAUCUGCUCUCUUGCAAUUCCAACAAGAGUUCAUCACAGACAACAUUUCCUUCAGUUCAUGGGAACCAGAAACAGAUUGUUGCUCAUGGGAUGGCGUCACUUGCAACGUCACCAUUGGUUAUGUGAUUGGUCUCGACUUGAGCUCUGAUCCCUACUUGUUCAGUUACAAGCUUUCAGGACCUAUCUAUUCCAACAGCAGCCUCUUUGGCCUCCAUCAUCUCCAAAGGCUCAACCUUGCUUACAAGGACUUCAAGUUGGCUCCUAUCCCAUCUGAGUUUGAUCGUCUUCCAAGCUUGACACAUCUCGACCUCUCCCAUUCCAAUUUCUACGGCCAGAUACCCUGGGAAUUCUCACGCCUAACAAGGUUGGUUUCUCUUGAUCUCUCCUACUUCUCUGAUUAUGCAAAACUGGAAAGACCAAACCUUAAGGAGUUGAUCCAGAAUCUGACAUCUCUUGUGGAACUAUACCUUGAUGGUGUAGACCUCUCUAGUCCUAGUCCUACACAGGGAAGCAGCGAUCAUUGGUCUCAGGUCUUGCCGCAGUCUCUUCCCAACCUCCGUGCAUUGAGUUUGAUUAACUGUGGUCUUUCAAGUCCCAUUCACCCUUCUUUCUCGCAGCUUGUCUUCCUCGAGGAGCUCCGAUUUGAUGAAAACUAUAAUCUUUCUCUUGAAGUACCCAACUUCUUACCCGCCAAUUUCUCUCAUUUGAAGACUCUUAGUCUAAGAGAUUGUGGAUUGUAUGGAGAGUUCCCCAACAGUCUUUUUCGGCUACCCAAUCUUGAGAUCCUUGAUGUGUCAAUCAAUCUUCUCCUAAAUGGUCAAUUGCCAGAUUUUCCACUUAACAAUGCCUUUCAGUACAUAUCGCUCUAUCGGACAAACUUUUCAGGAGCGAUUCCAGAUUCUAUUCGAAAUCUUAGGUUUUUGAAAACAUUACGACUUGGUGAUUUACAACUUGGUGGUUGUCAUUUCUCCAGAUUGGUUUCACCUUUUUUAACCAAUCUCACCCAACUAACUGAGCUAGACCUUUCCCACAAUAGUUUUACCGGUUCAGUCCCUGUGUUUAAUAAAGACAACGUUCCAAAUCUUACAAAAUUGUUUUUGUCUAACAAUCUUCUUGACGGGACAAUCCAUUCUUCUCUAUUUACACUCCCAUCAUUGUACGAAUUAGAUCUAUCCAAUAAUCAGCUUACUGGUCGACUUGAUCAGUUGUUUCAUAAUUCAUCUCUUUCAUCAUCAUCAUUGGAAUUCAUGGAUUUGAGUGGAAACAAAUUGAAUGGACAAAUACCAAAAUCAAUUUCUCAAUUCUCAAGUCUUCAGUCCCUCUAUCUGAGCUCCAACGAUUUUAGUGGCACUGUAAAGCUGGAGGACAUGUUUGGGAACCUUGAGGACCUUUUUUUUCUUGACCUGUCAAACAACAACCUAUUGUCACUUGAAUUUGGCAACACUAGUUCUUCUUUUCGUCCUCAGCUUUACGAAUUGCGGUUGGGAUCUUGCCACAUCAAAGAAUUCCCCAACUUUUUGAGAACUCAAGAGCAUUUGUGGGAAUUAGACCUUUCAAACAACCAAAUCCAAGGACAUGUACCAAGUUGGAUAUGGAAGGAAGGUUUAUUUUAUUUGAAUCUUUCAUACAACUCUCUAAAUACUUUGGAGCGACCACUACUCCUAAAUUUUGACUCAAGUAGCUUAAGUACUCUAGAUCUCCGCAACAACAAGCUAAAAGGGUCUCUUCAAAUUCCCGCAUCAUCUGUCACAUUCUUUUGA